AUGGCCGCGGAUCUCGAUGAUUGGUCUGGAUUGGGAGAGAGUUCGUCCUCAUUUGCACCGCUUCCGCCGCCUCGCUCGCCGUCCAUCCAGCCGGAGUUCUGGAAGAGACUUGAGGAAGCCACCCGUGAGAUUAUCGAGCAGGUCCAUCCAACACUUGUCUCCGAGGAUCGAAGAAGAGAUGUGAUUGAUUAUAUGCAGAGACUAAUCAGAAUGACUGUUGGAUGCGAGGUGCAUUCUUUUGGAUCGGUGCCGUUGAAAACGUAUCUUCCUGAUGGAGACAUUGAUCUCACAGCUUUUGGUGGGAUGUGUCACGAGGAAGAACUGGCCAACAGAGUUUGCAAAAUACUUGAGAUGGAAGCACAGAAUGGGGCUGCUCAGUUUGUGGUGAAAGAUGUGCAGUUAAUUCGUGCUGAGGUUAAGCUUGUUAAGUGUCUGGUGCAGAACAUUGUGGUUGACAUCUCUUUCAACCAGCUCGGUGGGCUUUGUACUCUGUGUUUUCUUGAGAAGAUUGAUCACCUCAUUGGGAAGGACCAUCUCUUCAAGCGAAGUAUCAUUCUCAUCAAAGCUUGGUGCUACUACGAGAGCCGUAUUCUCGGGGCUCUACAUGGAUUGAUCUCAACCUAUGCUCUGGAGACAUUGGUUUUAUACAUCUUCCAUCUCUUUCACUCAUCGCUGGAUGGUCCACUAGCUGUUUUAUACAAGUUCUUGGACUACUUCAGCAAGUUCGACUGGGAUAACUAUUGCAUUAGCCUGAGUGGUCCCGUCUGCCUUUCUUCUCUGCCGGACAUUGUUGCUGAGACUCCGGAAAAUGGCGGGCAAGAUCUACUGCUGACCAGUGACUUCCUCAAGGAAUGUUUGGUGAUGUACGCUGUACCUUCACGAGGAUUUGAGACAAAUCCACGUGUGUUUCCAUCAAAGCAUCUUAACAUAGUUGAUCCGCUCAAAGAAAAUAACAAUCUUGGUCGCAGCGUGAGCAAAGGUAACUUCUAUCGGAUACGAAGUGCGUUCACAUAUGGUGCUCGGAAGCUUGGGCAAAUCAUUUUGCAGUCAGACGAAGACAUAAGUUUUGAGCUUCGCAAGUUCUUCUCCAACAUGCUUCACAGGCAUGGGAGUGGCCAAAGGCCCGAUGUCCUUGAUGCUGUUCCAGUGGGAAGGUACAGUGCCAUAUCGCCUGCUUCAACCGCCAACCAAAUCCAUGAAGGUCAAGUGGUUUGUGAAUCGGAAUCUUCCAGUUCAUCUGGUACUGCUGGGAAUGGUAGACAUGACCAGGAAGACUCGUCGUUUGCAGGAGCCAAUCUAUCAAGUACAGCUAGGCUUGAUUUAAGCGAAUCACCUGGUGGAAAAGCCCCACCGGUUUCAGAGGAACGAUAUGCAGGAGACGCAAAAGACUUGGCUACUGUGAGAAUCCAAAAGCUGGAGAUUGCCAAUGAUGCAAUGAAAUCUCUGUCUCUUGGUGAUAAGGAGAGUACCAUUCUUUCGAAUGGUAAGCAUCAUUCUUCUCUUCAUCAGGUCAGAAAUGGAGAAGUAUUAAAUGGGAACGGGGUGGAGAAACAGAAAGAGAGCUCCUACCUUGCUGAUUCCAGAAGAGUGAAAGACAUACAUAGCAAUGAGAAUGAGCAUGUUGGUCAUGAAGACCUGCCGCUUACAGGUUCAGAACACUUCAAUUCAACUAUGGACACAGUUACUUGGGCGCAGGAGGACAUGCAGCUCCACAACUCAGGUCAUAGUGUUUCUGGCACUCCAAAUUUGCUGUCUGACCUCACAGGGGAUUUUGACAGUCAGCUUAACAGUUUGCAAUAUGGGCGCUGGUGGUUUGAUAUCCAAAAUGGUCCUCUGUCUCCACCACCACCUCCUCUGCUGUCUAUUCCGAACAACAACCCAUGGGAAGUAAUUCGGCAUGCUCUGCCAUUCAGGCGGAAUGCUCCUCCUCCACUAAACGGCAAUGGUGUUCUUCCCAGACAGGCUUUCUUUCAUAUGAACCCUCACCCUCACCCUCACCCUCACCCUCACCCUCAUCCUCCCCCUCACCCUCAGAUGAUUCCAGCUGCUAGUUUUGGUAUGGAGGAACUGCCUAAGCCGCGAGGAACUGGAACCUACUUCCCCAAUACGAACCACUACAGGGAAAAACCGCACUCCUCAAGAGGAAGAAACUCACACCAAGCUAGGUCGCCCCAUAACAACGGCCGAUCCAUGCCGCACCUGCACUCGGAAAUGAAUUUCCCGGACAGAAACACCCGUGAGCGACAGCAGCACAAUCAUCAUCCUCAGCACCAUGCCAACCAAACAAAUGGUUCUUGUGAUAUGAGUCGAACUGAUUCAGUUGAAAGCUUCUCUGAUACCAAUGGCUCCGUAAGUCAUGCUCAUGAGAAGGCUCCAGAGGUCACAUCUACCGAGCCUCAACCAUCUGAACUACUCUCCCCUCCUUCCGAAGGAAGCAAACAGAGAGAUACAAGCAGUGGAGGUCAUCGUAAUCAGUCACACCGCCCAAAAUCUAAACCCUCCUCCAACUCCUCCAACUCCACUCAGGAAGAUCGGGUAACGCCUCCGCCGCAGUCGUACCAUUUGACGGAUGAUCACGAGUUCCCUCCUUUGUAG